UUCGCCGCGUGCCUCGGGAGACCCUUGUUGCCUCGACCUCGGGCAGGCUGCCUCGUGCCCUGGAACGAGUGCUCCCUAGCCCACCCCCGUUCCCCAUUGGCUCUCGUGGGGGCUGCCGCCAUCUAAUGACGAGGGAGGCGCAAAGCACCCGCGGGCGCGCUCCUUGCGGCAGGAUCUAGUCCCGCGCGAGGGCGACCCCGCCGGGACUACGGGACUACAGGUGCGGAAGCUGAGUGAAAGGCCCAGGCGCCCGGCACCCCUGCGGAGGACCCCGUUCUCCCUCCUCCGGGGCUGGUCUGGAGCCCAGCCCGUCGUACCCUUGGGGAACUCUGCACCUCCAACCUGGAACCCGACCCGAAAGGCCCCAGUAAGUUCGAAGCACCCACGCGGCGUGUGAACCCGCUCAGAGCAGACGGAGGGGGGCGUCCUAACUGUUGUGUGUCGAGUCGGCGCCUCCAUUUAUUCUCGCCUUAAUCGUUUAGCCACCGAUUAUUUAUCGGUUCCUUUAUUUGGCAUUCUGGGUCCACCUCGGUGCCACCUCCCUAACCCCUCUGUUCCAACGGUGUUGGGAAGUUCGGUGCCGCAGAGAAUUCCGAUUGAGAUCCGAACGGGGGCGUGGCGGAGGCGAGGGUGAAACCCCGGCGGGACAAUGUUCUACUAUCCCAACGUGCUUCAGCGCCACACCGGCUGCUUCGCCACCAUCUGGCUGGCAGCGACGCGUGGCAGCCGGCUGGUGAAGCGCGAGUACCUGAAGGUGAACGUGGUGAAGACCUGCGAGGAAAUCCUCGAUUACGUGCUGGUGCGAGUGCAGCCCCCGCUGCCCGGGCUACCGCGGCCCCGCUUCUCCCUGUAUCUCUCAGCACAGCUGCAGAUCGGUGUGAUCCGGGUCUACUCCCAGCAAUGCCAGUACCUUGUAGAGGACAUCCAGCAUAUUCUCGAGCGCCUGCACCGUGCCCAGCUGCAGAUCCGCAUUGAUAUGGUAGAGACUGACCUACCCAGCCUGCUGCUUCCUGACCACCUGGCCAUGAUGGAGACCCUGGAAGAUGCUCCAGACCCCUUUUUUGGAAUGAUGUCUGUGGAUCCCACACUUCCCAGCCCCUUCAGUAUCCCUCAGAUUCGACACCUCCUAGAGGCUGCAACCCCAGAGAGACUUCCUGAGGAGAUCCCUCCUGAAGUCCCUAUGGAGCCUAAGAUGCCAGACAGGGCCCUGGUCACCGUGGUGUCCCCAGAGGCCAUCACCAUCCAAGAGGCAGAGCCCAUACGCAUGCUGCAGAUCGAGGGUGAACAGGACCUCCCAGAGGUCAGCCGGCGAGACUUGGACCUGCUGAUCGCCGAGGAAGAUGAAGCUAUCUUGUUAGAAGAACGUAAAGGCAAGCCUGUCCCGCCACGUGGGGCCCGUGCGGCACUGGAUGAGUACAAGGAGGAGCCCCGGGCCCCGGAGGAAUACAUCACAGUACCCCCGCUCUCGCCCCCAGCUCUCGCACAGGUGGAAGGGGCAGCAGAGCCACUUCCGGUCCCAGCCCCUGAGGAUUUGAAGCCAGUGGCCUGGGAGCCUGAGGCCCUCCUUACUGAGGUGACCCCCCCGCCAGAGCUGCGUCUGCCAGCCCCUCCUAGCCCAGAGAGGAGGCCCCCAGAGGCCCCAUAUCUUGAGAGCCCACCUGCUCGCCGCCGCCGCCGCCGCCAGUUAUUGUUCUGGGACAAGGAGACUCAGAUCUCUCGGGAGAAAUUCCAGGAACAACUGCAAACCAGAGCCCACUGCUGGGAGUGUCCAAAGGUGCAGCCUCCCGAGAGGACCAUCAGAAGCCCCGUGGAGCUAUUCCGAACCCCAACUCACUCUGCCUGGUUACCCCCAGAACUGCUGGCUUUCUGGACCCACUGUGCCCAGCCACCUCCAGAAGCACUCAGGCGAAGGCCACCCCAGGUGCCUGAAGAGGAGGCUGAGGUGGAGGUCACAGCUGAGGAGGAAAGGAGGAGGGCUGAAACUGUGAGCGAUAUCGAGGUCCUGAGAGAGGCCCAGGAGCCCAGCGGGCCCCUCAUGCUGUCUUCAGAGCUCUCUCUAGAAGCAGCCGAGGAGGAGAAGUCCCGCAUCAGCCUAAUCCCCUCGGAAGAACGGUGGGCCUGGGCUGAGGCAGAGCAGCCAGAGCCCCCCGUGCUGCCUGUGGUGCCUGAACUCCCUGAAGCGCCCAUGGAGCUGCCUCUCGAGCUGCCCCUGGAGCCCGAGCUGCUGUCGCUGGAGGCGGUGUAUAGGGCAGUGGCACAGGAGCUGCAGGCUAACAGGGAGCCCGAUUUCAGCAGCCUGGUGUCCCCACUCAGCCCCCGCAGGAUGGCUGCUCGGGCCUUCUAUCUGCUGCUGGUGCUUGCGGCGCAACAGAUCCUUCGCGUGGAGCAAGAGAAGCCAUAUGGGCGCCUCCUGCUGCUGCCGGGGCCACGAUUCCACUGCGGUUAGAACAGAUUCACAAAGCUGCCAGGAUCCUGGUUACAUUAAAUACAUCCUGCCUUGCA